CUCCACCGAUUUUCAUUCUAGUCUGAGAUCUCAAGCGAUAAACAUAUUUUGGGAAAAAAAUAAAAAUUUUUGUUUUUUUUUUAAAUCCUACUUCCGUAAACAGGCAAACAAAGAACUCCCAAGAUGUGCAAUCCUUGCUUCCGUUCAAUGCCCGGCACCUGCUGUGGACCUACUGGUGGUCUGGGACCGUGCCUCCUGUGUGGACCCUACAACGGCCAGUGGUUCCGGUCGAUCAAUCACUGCUGCGGCCCGUGCGGACCAUAUGGCUGCUGCUCCUGCUAUGGGCCCUAUGGGGGACACUGUUAGCCUGCUUAGAAGGAAAGUAGGAUCCACCACCGAUGACCAAAAUCAAUCGCGAGACCUUGGAUCAGAAGAAAAUACAUUCUGGACAGAAGUGGAACCAAAUUGGAAUGUGCCCAAAAAAGGGCCGUUCUCUAGCGAACUUCUCUUGAUUAAAAUCUACAAGAAAGAAGACUGAUGUAAAUAAAUUAUUUGAUGCAAUUUUUUUCCUCACA